UUUUUGUUUCCCAAGUCUUCUGGAAUAAGUAUCCAGCGUUUGUUUUUUGACACUGUUCACGGCAAACAUGUUGGGGAAAGAUUGUCUGCACGAGAAUAUUUCAUUGGUGAUCUUGCAAUUUGUAAAAAGGUUUUAUGAUGUGAGAAUAGAUUUCAUUGGUACCAUGGUGAUGCAUUUUUUUUCUAAUUUUAAACCUGUUGAUGGUCUGCAGAUUUUUAUCCCGGUGCACAUUCAGAACAUCCGUCACUUUGUCUUGUUUCUUCUUCAUGUUGGGAUAAAAGUGGUAGAAAUUUGGGAUUCUCUUCUUCACAAGGGUAAAUCCAGAGGAGCGAAAUUGGUACAACCAGUGCUAAAACAACUUGAUGAUCUGUUGGGAGACCAAAUUGCAAGCAUGGGACCUGACUGGUCAUUUUCUAGCUUCACAGUUAGCACAGUGACUAAUGUACCACAACAGUCUAAUUCAUAUGACUGUGGUAUAUUUGUGGUUAAUUGGAUGGAGCAACGUCCUAUUGAUGACUUCCAGCAUGAUUCGAAAAAUGAGAGGUCACGUGUAGCUGGUAAUAUAUUUACCUCGAAAUGCAACAAGUUAAAAGAAUCGGUUAUGGUGGAUGCAAUGAUUCACAGAAGAGGAGAGGUUAAGCGUGGGCGAGUUGGAAAGUAG